UGUCAUGCGCCACAAAUGACUACUGUUUCCGGAAAACAUUGGCUUCUUGUCUUGUAGAGGAUGUAUUUAUGGAUUUUUGCACCUAAAUACUAGUUAUUUUUGUUGAAUUAUUAAGUUUAAUUUAUAGAAUUAAGGAUCGGUUUUGUGCGGACGGCCCGUGUUGUUGAAAAUUUCAGCCAGAUUAAGCGAAACAUCGAGAAAAGCGUCUUAUUAUUUCCAACCGGUACUUUGCCAAACAUGGAUUCUUGAAGGCGUCUGGUUAGAUGUGACGGCACGUAGAUUCACGAAAAACAAGGAAAAUAUGCCGUAUAAUUCGGAAAAAACGGUCGGGGACGCUCUGUAAGCUGAAAAUAUGUCCAGUUGAAUCUUGUGAAGUACUAAAACCGAAUCAACAAUGGGAGUGCAAGAUCUGCAGACUUUUCUAGCCAGCCCCCUUUUGAAGGGCGGUUCUGUCUCGGUGGAUCUCCUAAAAAUCGCUAAAAACGUGAGUCAAAGGCAGCAACCCCACAACACCAACAGAAAGAUCAGACCCUUGGGAGGAAACAAGUUAAAACUCAUUGUCGAUGCUGAGAAUUGUUUGGAUAGAUUGUACGGUGGAUACUUUUCGGAUUGGGCUUGCGGAGGGCAAUGGAACCGUAUGGUUCAGUUCUUGUCAUUGUUAUGUGGUGCUCUAGACCGUGGUAACAUAGAAAUAGCUGUUGUUUUUAACGGAACCAUAGAACAGUGUCGUAUGGAGGAAUGGAAGGUUGAACAAGCUAAUAUAAGACAGAAAGUUGGUAUGGUGUUGAAACAUAUAAAUACUAAGGCUACACCACCUCCAAAAGUAUGGUGGACACCUCCAAUUUAUUUGAGAGCAGCCCUAAGAAUGGCUCUGAGGCAUUUAGGCAUAACUGUGAUGUGUACCAUGGAUGAUCAUCAUCAGGAAGUUAUAGCUUACUGCCGCGAGUACGGUUUCCAUGGUUUAUUAGCCGAUGAUGCAGAAUAUGCGGCUUUUGACCCUCCAAGAUAUUUUUCAUCGCAGAAUCUAAAGUUAACAUACAAAAGUUCAAUAGAAACGAAGGAAUACAUGUUGAGUGUGUUGACAAAGUCUAUAAACGUUACACAGGAACAAAUUUGCAUAAUGGCUGCUUUGUUGGGUAAUUUUUUGCUGCCAGAGAGUGAGCUUCAAGAUUUUUAUAAGAAGAUUGAUCUGGUUAAGAGGGAAAGAGAUGAAAAUGGUGCGUCAGAUAAUCUAAAAACUUUGGCCGACUUUGUGAGAGGUCUCCCAGCCCCCUCCAACAUGGACGCCCUAGUUAUCGCGGUUUUUGGUUCUCUGGAAGAUAAACGGGCGUCCAGAUUUAGACAGUCGGUUCAGUACUACCUGAAUGGCACGGCGAGCGGAUUUUUGAAGUACUGCGCUCCAGUCAAACCUAGACAGAAGCAGGCCUCACAAAAAGAACCGAAUUCCCCAAAGGAAGAACCCGAGUUGGACGAGUCCGGAUUUGCUUCGGAAACGUCAGAACAACAGCGUGAAACUCUUCAAAAUUACCACUUACUGACGUCCAAUAGCGUUCUUUCAUCGGAGUUUGCGGAGAUGGAUAGUUUAUUGAAAUCUGCAGAAGAAACCUUGGUGGCCUCUAUUUUAGAUGAAUCGCCAACGGACACGUCCAGAUUUAACGGCGUCUCGAAUGGGGGCGGGUCCUCUUCUACCACGUCCUCGAGCGUCGCCUCCGCGGCCCCCAAGACCAACGCUCAGCUGGCUGGUGCUGCGGUCAAGUCGGCCAAAUCGACAACAUCCGAACAUACCACAAAAAGUCCUAGCGUCAAUAUAGUUACUCCCACCGUCUCUCCCGAUGUUCUACGCACUGCCUCGCUACGCCACCAAAAGGGUCUGAUGGCGCCCACAAUCCUGCACGUGCUGAGCACCCAGGAGGUGCGAUUGCCCUGCCUGAUGGAGGACGAGGGCAACAGGGAGUUCCCACCAAUCUAUGACGUGUACCUAACCCUUAGACAGAGAGUUUAUGCGGUUUUGUUCAAUUUGCACCAUCUAAGAUACGUUCACUUGAAAAAGAAAGAAAAUGGUGACGUAGCCGAAGAUGCACCCCAUCCAGACGUCAUAGUCAAAGAAUGGGUCUACAGUCGUUCCAAUCCUUUCCAGCGUCCAGAGGAAGUUAAAGCUGAACCUUUACCGUGGGCAGUACCGACCCUACAGCGUCUCUGGUUCGGUCCCGCCCUAGAUGAUAAGCGCAGGCGCAUGAGGGCCUUCCUGUCCUGUCUCAGCUCGGACACACCCCUCAUUCUGAACACCGCCUAUGUCCCGCAGCAUAUGCUCAUCAUGGCGUGCGUUUUGAGGUAUAUUAUGUCUCAGGACAAGCCGAUUAUGAGGAGGAAUGAGUUGGAUGCGUUCUUGUGUCAGGCUUUUAACCCGAACUUGAUGAACGUGCAGCAUUUGCAAGAAUUGACGCUGAAUGCGGUGUCCAGCAGAGGCGUCCAACUGGCCGCUCUGUUUAUGAAGGGCGUCGACAUGGCCAUCCUAGCCAACGACGCUUGCGGCGCUCCCCUACCCUGGCUCAUGUGCUGUCCCUGGCUCUACUUCGACGGCAAACUUUUCCACUACACCCUGGCCCGCGCCUCGCACGCCAAAAACAUCCUCGAAGUGUGCGACAACUACAUCGACCGCGUGGUCAAAGUCGAACGCAUGCGCAAAGCCAUCCUCGAAGGCCUCGAAGCCAAGUUUGCUAAAAUCCCUCCGCCUCAAUUCGCAGGAGGACCGAUGUUUCGACCCGGAACCGUUCCCCCUCAUCACUAUUUGCCCGCGUUGCAAUUGCAAUCCGGCCGGCCUGCGCCAGGUCUGAGAGGCAGGCCGAUCCCUUCGAGGGGAGGCCAACUUCAGGUGGCCGGAGUGGUCGUGGGGUCCUGGGGAGCUAAUUAUGGCUACCAGGGCAACGCCAGGCAGAAUCAGAUAUUGCCCGCGGGUAUGACGGUGCCUAGGGCGAGGGGAAGGGGAUUUAAUCCGGGUAGCGGAGGGUACGGGAGGGGGAGAGGUCCGCAGAAGCCGGGACAGCCUACUUUUCCGGUGGGCAACAGGAAGAAUCAUCAGGCAGGCAAAAAGCGCAGCACUAACAAACCUAACAAGGAAAAGCAGUCGAAGGGGCUCGCUUUAACUGUUAAAACCGAAGUUGGAGACGUUCUAGUCAGUGACGUGCUGACGGAACCGAACAGGGAUUCCCCCAGCCCGGAAAAAACAGAAGACUGCAAACGCUCACAAGAUCACCAGGGUCAAGGGGACGCACCUCCGGGACCCGUCGAGAUCUAAGUGCAUCCCCCAACCCCCUCGUACGCCCCUGAGGUCCCCUUUUUGGACAUGAUUCCAAAAAAGGCCUCUAUUUUCCCCAUUCAUCCCCCUUCUGAUGACAACUACCUUCCACGACGCUGAAAAUCGUGAUCGCGCAUCAAAGGACUAUGUUUUUGGUGUUUUUGCUCACAUAUACAGGGUCGGACGAUAUUAAAAAAAGCGUCGUAAGGAAUGAAUUAAAAAGAAAAUGAAAUAAGAGUAAAAGAUUAUUGGUCAACCUCUUUCUCUCUCUCUUUAUAUACGACUGAUCAUUUUCGAGAAAAAAAAGAGCAUAUUGUAUAUUUUUAUAUAUUUGUUACAAACUGUUAUAAUUAUAUAUCGACUGAUAAGGAAGAAAAAUAAGGAUGAAGUAACGAUGAAGUAAGAUCGUCCGCAACUAUGACGAUUGGGCAGCCACUGUGAUCAUAUUUAUGGUAUUUAUAUAAUAUUAGAUCUGUGUUUUUGGAUUGGAGCGGUUUUGAGAUUGGUUCGGAAUCGCUAUGGUUCGCAUAAUAUGUUAUAGACGUAGACACAAGCAAACACUCUUUGUUCAGAUGAUCUCCCUGGACCGUACAUUUCGUAAAUAUAUAAACCGAAAAUAUAAGAACAAAAAACAGAAAUUUUACGCUUUAACUUGUCGCGUCCGGUUCAGAUUUUAAGGUUAUAAUCUUGUUUUUUUUAAUCUGUAUUAAUUGAACUUGGGUAAUGAACUUUUUAUAAUGAUUUGCAUACCUAGCCAUCAAAUUUAAAUAGGUUUUUGUUCCAAAUGUGUGAACAUAGGAUUUCUGAUACAAUAUUGUACCUAUGUUCCUUCUGUUUUAAUGAUUUGCCUACAUAUAUUUAUAUAUCCUAUGUUCUCAUUGAGAACAUAGGUUUUAACAAUUCCUAAUGUUCUUCAUUGAGAACAUAGGAUGUAAUAAUUUCAUUGUUCUUUGUUGAGAACAUUAGGAUCCAGCUAUUCCUGUGUUCUCAUUUCAAAACAGGAUACAAUAAUUCCUAAGUUCUUCACUGAGAACAUAGGAUAUAAUAUCACCUAUAUUCUCAUUGAGAACAUAGGAAUUGUUAUACAAAUUCUGUGUUCAUAAUGAGAACAUAGGAUGUAAUAAGUUCAUUGUUCUUUGUUUAGAACAUUAGGAUUCAGCUAUUCCUGUGUUCUCAUUUCAAAACACAGGAUACAAUAAUUUCUAAGUUCUUCACUGAGAACAUAGGAUACAAUAUCUCCUAUAUUUUCAUUGAGAACAUAGGAAUUGUUAUAUAAAUUCUGUGUUCAUAAUGAGAACAUAGGAUAUAAUAAUACCUUUGUUCUCAUUGAGAACAUGGGAAUUGUUGUACACGUGCAUUUUUAGUGAGAAUAUAGGAUUUAAUAUGCAAUAAUAUUUUGCCUAUGUUCAUUCAAAUAUCACGUCUAAAAAUGACGAUAUAAUAUAAAUGAAGUUAUUUAGAACAUAGGGUUUGUCAUAUAUUUGAUUAAUAUUUUCCUAUAUUUACUACAAUCAUAUGUUCAUUAUACAUUUCUAUGGAUAUCUGAAUCUUUUGGCGUAUAAUUUUCUAUAAAAUUUCUCAAGUUUUUUUUAAAACCGGUCGCGAUAAAAAUACGAAUUGAAUCAGAAUAGAUGCAUCUAAUUGAUCUUUUUAUUUUUUCCAACUAUCACAAGGUGUAUUAUUUUUAACUUCAACCAAAUUUAUACACUUUGAAGAAUAAAGAAUGGCAUUUUAAACACUUUGAUAAGUCUAUUUUGAUUGUUCGUAAUAUUUAUGUUAAAUUAUCUCUAAAAAAACAACGCAUCUUACAAGAAACAUAAAAACAUGAAACUUUUUUCGAUAGAGAAAAGAUAAUAUAAAAUCUUUAAAUUUAUCGACCGCCCUCUGAAAAUAAAACUCUAGGGAAUUCCCCCAAAACUGCGCUGUUGCUCAUAGGGAGACAAUAUUUACAAAAAAAAGCGCGCCACUUUAUAAGACAUAACCUAUUAUACAUAAACAUAAUAUAACAAAUUAUUAACGUUUUAAAAAAGGAAAAACAAAUCAAGAAAUAUGAGUGAAUCUCCUCUCUAUUAACUGAUUUUUCUAAACAGUAUGUGCAUACAAAAUAAUGUAUAUUCUCUUUGUCUUGGUACCUUAAUACAAAAUGAACCAAAAAGGCAUUUUUUACACAGUACGAAUCUGCAUUCUUACAAAAAAAAGUGCUGUAUAGUCGUGAAUAUAUUUGUUACUCGUUACUUUGACAGAUGUCUAUGAAUGUCAUUGAAUCACACGUCAACAUAACCGAAAAAAUAUCAGAAAUGGGAUAUUCGAGACUAUACAGAGUCUUUGUUUGGUUCAGUCAGGUAGCCCGAAGAAUUUAAUUAUUCAAAUUUAGCCAAAAUAAUAAUAAAAAAUAAACAAAUGUUCUAGUAUUUAGCAGCAUCGUCUCCUUUUAAUGGACACAAUAUUAUUGUUCUUAGUAAUUGUUGGUAAAACAUAAAAAAAGUAUUGCUUCUCAAUAUUAUUGUUAUUUACUCCUAUAUUAUUAUAAUUAUUGUAUAAUUCCUCUCUUUUUUAUAUAAUUUUUUUUUCGCGCUUGGUAAUAAUCGUUAGAAACUGUGCUUUUUACUUGUUUCAAUAAAAGGCUUAAUUGUUUUUUUAGACCGCUCAGUAUAUAUUGUAAUAACAAGCAUAAAAAUUUUAAUAUAUUUUCCCCUGUUACAUUUUGCCCCCCUCCCUGAUAUGUAUGAAUUGUGUUUUUUUAUUAAUUAAUUAUAUUAAAGUCUUUAUUAAAUAGUAGCGGUCUUGAAUAUAAUUUAAUUGCAAUUAAUUAAAAAAUAGUAACCUUUUAUCUAACGCUUAUAAAUAAAUAAACGAAAUGUAUUUAGAAAAUAUUUCAGCAUAAAUUAACUACUAGUAGAAAUAUAAAUUGAAUUUUUUUGCGAGAUGUUUUUAAAAAGUGAGAAAAAAUCACGAAAAAUGAUGUUUUUCUCGAAUUAUAUUAAAUGUAUAUUGGCUCUGUGGGUAAAGGGCAUCCAUAUUAUUAUUAUUAUCGUUAGAAAUAGAAAAAAAACUACCCCCAAAGCGGGGUUUUAUUAUGCAACAAAAAGUAAAACAUGUUCACUCACUUCUUUCCUUGUAAUCGCCAGAUUUUUCAAAACAUAACCAUUCAACUGUUCGACGAAUACUAUUUUUUUGGAAUUUUUCGAUUAUAAAGGGCUAUAAAUGUUAAUCCAUUUCGAUGAAGGUAUAAUAUUGAAUUUUACAAAAAUCCGGUUGGACUCUAGGUGGUGCAGUUGAAGGAGUUUGUUUGAUAUCUAAUAUACUAUUGAACCAUUU